AUGCCGCUCCGGUUGGAUAUCAAGAGGAAGCUCGCGCAGAGGUCGGAGAGGGUCAAGUCCGCGGAUCUGCAUCCGACAGAGCCAUGGAUUUUGUCGAGUCUUUACUCGGGGAGUGUCUGCAUCUGGAACUACCAAACGCAGACAAUGGUGAAAUCAUUUGAAGUCACAGAGUUACCAGUUCGUUCGGCUAAAUUUAUUGCACGGAAGCAAUGGGUUGUUGCUGGUGCCGAUGAUAUGUUUAUCCGUGUGUACAAUUACAAUACAAUGGAUAAGGUCAAGGUAUUUGAAGCUCAUACUGAUUACAUCAGGUGUGUGGCUGUUCAUCCAACCCAGCCUUUUGUGCUGUCAUCAUCCGAUGACAUGUUAAUUAAGCUUUGGGAUUGGGAUAAGGGUUGGGCGUGCACUCACAUAUUUGAGGGGCACUCUCACUAUGUGAUGCAAGUCACAUUUAACCCAAAGGAUACCAAUACUUUUGCUAGUGCUUCCCUUGAUCGCACGAUAAAGAUAUGGAGUAUUGGUUCUCCUGAUCCUAACUUCACAUUAGAUGGCCACUCAAAAGGCGUGAACUGUGUUGAUUACUUCACCGGUGGUGAUCGACCAUUUUUAAUUACUGGAUCUGAUGAUCAGACUGCAAAGGUUUGGGAUUACCAAACCAAGAGCUGUGUUCAAACACUUGAAGGACAUGCACACAAUGUGUCCGCUGUCUGUUUCCAUCCAGAACUACCUAUUAUAAUUACUGGCUCAGAGGAUGGCACAGUUCGCUUGUGGCACUCUACAACCUACAGGCUUGAGAACACUCUUAAUUAUGGUCUUGAGCGAGUUUGGGCUUUAGGAUACAUGAAGGGGUCAAGAAGGAUUGUGAUUGGAUAUGAUGAAGGGACAAUUAUGAUAAAAAUUGGCCGUGAAGUUCCGGUUGCUAGCAUGGACAACAGUGGAAAAAUCAUAUGGGCGAAACAUAACGAAAUCCAAACUGUUAAUAUCAAGACUGUUGGUGCAGGCAAUGAGAUUGCGGAUGGUGAGCGAUUACCGUUGGCUGUGAAGGAGCUGGGAAGCUGUGAUCUUUAUCCACAAAACUUAAGGCACAAUCCCAACGGGAGAUUUGUUGUUGUAUGUGGAGAUGGAGAAUACAUAAUUUAUACAGCACUAGCAUGGAGAAAUAGAUCAUUUGGGUCUGCACUUGAAUUCGCUUGGUCAUCUGAUGGCGAAUACGCUGUAAGGGAAAGCACCUCAAGGAUAAAGAUAUACAGUAAAAAUUUCCAGGAGAGGAAAAGUAUAAGACCAACAUUCUCCGUCGAACGUGUGUUUGGUGGAGUAUUAUUGGCUAUGUGUACAAAUGAUUUCAUCUGCUUUUACGACUGGGCGGAUUGCAGGUUGAUACGUCGAAUUGAUGUCAACGUGAAGAAUCUCUACUGGGCUGACAGUGGUGAUUUGGUGACAGUUGCAAGUGAUACAUCAUUCUACAUUUUGAAGUACAAUAGGGAUGUUGUAUCUUCUCAUUUGGACGGAGGGGGUUCAGUUGGUGAGGAAGGUGUGGAAGAUGCCUUUGAACUGCUUCAUGAGAUCAAUGAACGCAUCCGAACUGGGCUAUGGGUUGGCGAUUGUUUUAUCUACAAUAAUUCUUCAUCACGGCUUAAUUACUGUGUAGGAGGAGAGGUCACAACCUUAUUUCACUUGGACCGGCCAAUGUAUUUACUAGGAUAUCUUGCUAACCAGAGCCGUGUCUAUCUUAUUGACAAGCAAUUUAAUGUUGUUGGGUACACUCUACUCCUUAGUUUGAUCGAGUAUAAAACACUAGUGCUGCGUGGGGAUUUUGAUCGUGCAAAUGAUAUUUUGCCAUCUAUACCGAAGGAACAAUAUGACAGUGUGGCACAUUUCUUGGAAUCACGGGGCAUGUUGGAGGAAGCCCUUGAGAUAGCAACGGACUCUAAUUACAGAUUUGACCUGGCUGUUCAGCUUGGCCGCGUUGAUGAUGCAAAGGCAAUUGCUCUUGAGGUGCAAAGUGAGUCCAAGUGGAAGCAGUUAGGGGAGUUAGCUAUCUCAACUGGAAAGCUCAAGAUGGCAGAGGAGUGCCUUCUACAUGCACUAGAUCUCAGCGGUCUAUUGCUUUUGUAUUCAUCCAUUGGGGAUGCUGAUGGGAUAACAAAAUUGGCAUCUAUGGCUAGAGAACAGGGAAAGAACAAUGUUGCGUUCCUUUGUUUGUUCAUGCUAGGCAAGUUGGAGGAAUGCCUUCAAUUGUUGAUUGAAAGCAAUCGCAUUCCGGAAGCAGCAUUGAUGGCGAGAUCUUAUCUUCCAAGCAAAGUCCCUGAGAUUGUAGCAUUAUGGAAAAAAGAUCUCCAAAAGGUAAACUCAAAAGCAGCAGAGUCAUUGGCAGAUCCUGAUGAGUACCCAAACUUAUUUGAAGACUGGCAGAUUGCUCUCAAUGUAGAAGCUACUGUCGCCCCCAAAAGGGGUAUCUAUCCACCUGCUGAGGAAUACAUGAUUCAUUCUGAAAGGCCCAAUGAGAGUCUUGUGGAAGCUUUCAAGAACAUGCAUGUACAAGAAGAGGAGGACGUACAUGAAGAGGAUGUACACGAUGAAGAGGAGCUAACAAAUGAAAAUGACACUGUUCAAGAGGUUUUUGAAGAUGACGGAGCAGAAGAGAGCCAAGAAGAUGCUGUUGAGGUCGAGGCUGAUGGUUCUACUGAUGGCACUAUCCAUGUGAAUGGAAAUGAUAGUGAGGAACAGUGGGGUACGAACAAAGAAGAACCAUCAGCAUAA